AUUCUGGGUCAGAUUGUAGAAUUUUUACAAAACUAUUUGGGGGAUGAUUAGGUACGAGUGAGCUGAUCCUGGAUCGGCUAUUGAGGGCAGGAUGCUCACGGAGCCCAACGGAUCGAGUGGGAGGGCCGCUACCCGGAAGCUGACAGUCAGCUGCUCUCUAUGUUGAAGCUCCACGCAGGCCGAAUCAGCUUUGACACUUUCAGACGUUUCACCCGCACACCUUUCCCAAUCGCUGUCCUCCUGUUGUUCGUCCCCUCUUCUCCGGAAUGGAUGAGACGAGCCCACUGGUCUCCCCGAUCCGGGACUCCCACGAUUUCACCCACUGUCCCACCGAACCCACGAGUCCCCGAGGCGCGUUUGGAGGAACGCCGGGGUCAGUGGUCCGGGUCCCAGCUGGAAGCCCCGGACGUAGCCGAGAGCGGCAACCUCUUCUUGAGCGGGACAGAGGGAAUUCUCCGCGGGGCCCCCACAGUAACGACUUCCCCGAAGAUCCAGAGUUUCGGGAAAUAAUUCGUAAGGCAGAGCGUGCUAUCGAGGAAGGAAUUUUCCCUGAAAGAAUCUACCAAGGGUCCAGCGGCAGCUAUUUUGUUAAAGAUUCACAAGGGAAGAUCAUCGGAGUGUUCAAACCCAAGAAUGAGGAGCCGUACGGCCAGCUGAACCCCAAGUGGACCAAGUGGUUACAGAAGCUCUGCUGUCCCUGCUGCUUCGGCCGGGACUGCCUGGUGCUGAACCAGGGCUACCUUUCCGAGGCCGGGGCCAGCCUGGUGGACCAGAAGCUGGAGCUCAACAUCGUUCCCAGGACCAAGGUUGUGUACCUGGCCAGCGAGACCUUCAACUAUAGCGCCAUUGACAGGGUCAAGUCCCGGGGCAAGAGGCUGGCCCUGGAGAAGGUGCCGAAAGUGGGCCAGCGCUUCCACAGGAUAGGGCUACCGCCAAAGGUGGGAUCUUUCCAGUUAUUUGUCGAGGGCUACAAAGAUGCCGACUUCUGGUUGCGGCGCUUUGAGGCAGAGCCUCUGCCAGAGAACACUAACCGGCAACUGCAGCUCCAGUUCGAGAGGCUUGUGUGUUUGGAUUACAUCAUCAGAAACACAGAUCGAGGGAAUGAUAACUGGCUUGUGAAGUAUGACUGUCCAAUGGAUGCAGGAGGCAGCAGAGACACAGACUGGGUAGUGGUCAAGGAGCCUAUCAUCAAACUAGCAGCCAUAGACAACGGUUUAGCCUUCCCCCUCAAACACCCUGACUCCUGGAGAGCCUAUCCAUUUUACUGGGCCUGGCUGGCCCAAGCCAAGGUCCCCUUCUCUCAGGAGAUCAGGGACCUGGUCCUGCCCAAGCUCUCCGACCCAAACUUCAUCAAAGACCUGGAAGAGGACCUCUACGAGCUCUUCAAGAAAGAUCCUGGGUUCGACAGGGGACAGUUCCACAAGCAGAUCGCAGUCAUGAGAGGACAGAUCCUGAACCUGAGCCAGGCCCUAAAGGACGGGAAGACGCCCCUGCAGCUGGUGCAGAUGCCCCCUGUGAUCGUGGAGACGGCACGGGCCCCGCAGCGUGCCAACAGCGAGUCCUACACGCAGAGCUUCCAGAGCCGGCGGCCCUUCUUCACCUGGUGGUAGUGAGUGGGGGCCGUGGAGGUCCCCCUACAGGACAGUGAUGGUGGAGGCAGAGGCAGGGGGCGGGAAAAAAACCAGCCAUGCUUCUUUUUUGGCCUCUCCAGGCAGUGUCUCUCUGCAGAGAAGGGAGUACACUGAAGGACACCUCUUUCUCCGUGCUUGUGCCUUCCCUUUGUCUAAAAAGGUGAAGAUGAAGAAUUACUGGACAGAUGCCUUUCACCCCCUCCGGUGUGCACCCACACACAGACACACACACACAUACCCCAUGCAGUUCUCAACAGGGCCUCUUUACAUUCCCAGCAGCCUCCUGGUUACCAAACAAUAAGCUCCACCCUCCCGGUGCGGUAGGGAAGGGGUCGUGGCUCCUGCUUGUCUGCUAUUGGCUGUACCACAGCUCCAUUGUGACAUCAUCCGACUGCUCCUGGGAUGGAGGGAAGGGAGGUCAGAGAGGCCUGGGGGGGAGGGGGGAAUUCAACAGUAGAACAGGAAGGACCAUUGUGGCAGUUAUAUCUCUGCCAGUCAACCCCGUGCUCCUAGGCCUCAGCAGGAAGCAAGGGGAGGACCUGUGGUUUAUCACCCAGGCUGAGGAAGGGCUUCAUGAAAGAGAACGGGCCGCUCAGCGCUGUUUCCGACAGGCACUGCCUGCCUGCCAUUCAAUGGCAGACUCAAUAACACUGUCGCCAUAUGGCCUGACACUGACACCCAUCCUGCAUCCUUUGAAGAUGGAUCAGUUUCUUUUGCCUGUU